AUGGUGCGACACAAUAACCAGUUGCCAAAUAACAUACCCCAAUUGCAGAAUCUCAUCAAGAGAGAUCCGCCUUCGUACCACGAAGAAUUCGUGCAGCAACUGCAACAUUUCCACAAUUUAAUCGAGGUGUUCAAGCUGACGCCGCACCAGAACAACAAAACAUUGGACGACCUGGUGAUGUUCAUGGCCCAGGUGGCGCAAUGUUACCCGAAAGAACUGGAAAACUUCCCGCAGUUGCUGAUCGACCUCCUGCAGAGCCACAGCACCGUGUUGGACAAUAACAUGCGCAUGACCCUCUGCCGGGCCCUGAUCUUGCUCAGGAACAAGAACCUUUUAGCUCCGACGGACCUCUUGGAGUUGUUCUUCCAGUUGUUGAGAUGCCAGGACAAAAAUCUGAGGACGUUCUUGCAGAAUCACAUCAUUACCGACAUCAAAAAUAUCAACAGCAAGCACAAAAACGCCAAAUUGAAUUCGACAUUGCAAAAUUUCAUGUUCAGUAUGUUGAAGGACUCGAACGUUAAGGCCGCUAAAAUGUCUGUCGAUAUCAUGAUCGAUUUGUAUAAGAAAAACGUUUGGAACGAUGCUAAGACUGUAAAUGUUAUUGCCACGGGAUGUUUCUCUAAAAUCAUGAAGGUAAUGGUCGCGUCCCUGAAAUUCUUCGUAGGUAAAGAUCCCGACGAAAAAGAUUCCGACAACUCCGAUUCAGACAACGAAGUUGAUCCGAAGGAAGUUAUGAUGGCGAAUAAAGUGAACAAAAAAACCAGGAAAAGAGAAAAGCAACUAACCAAAGUCAAAAAGCUAGCCUCGAAAGCCUACAAGAAAAAAUCCGAAGCUCCCGUCUUCAAUUUUUCCGCUAUACAUUUGCUGCACGACCCACAAGGAAUGGCCGAGAAGCUAUUCAGACAACUGGAAUCGAGCAACAGGCGCUUCGAAGUGAAAUUGCUCACGUUAGACGUCAUCUCCCGGUUGAUCGGCCUGCACGAUCUCUUCCUCUUCAACUUCUACCCCUACAUACAGCGCUUCAUGCAGCCCCAUCAGCGCGAAGUCACCAGGAUCUUGCAGUUCGCCGCGCAGGCCAGCCACGAACUGGUCCCUCCCGAUGUCAUCGAGCCCGUAUUGAAAACCCUAGCGAACAAUUUCAUAACGGAGCGAAAUUCAUCGGACGUCAUCGCCAUCGGAUUGAACGCCGCUAGGGAGAUUUGCCUGCGAUGCCCCUUAGCCAUUGGCGAGGACCUCGCGCAGGACCUGGCCAUGUACAAAAACUACCGGGACAGAUCUGUCAUGAUGGCAGCCAGGGCGUUGAUUCAGCUUUUCCGCACCGUUCGGCCCGAAUUGCUGCACAGGAAAGACAGGGGGCGCCCCACGGAGGCCACCGAGGAGCUGGAGCAACUCGAUUACGGGAGGGUUACGGCGAAGGAUUUCGUUCCCGGUGCUGAAGUGCUACUGGAGAACAAAUCGACUCAUGUAGAAAUAAACUCCGAUUCGGAAUCGGCUUCGGGUGAUGAAGAGUGGAUCGACCUCCCCCAAUCUGAUGACGAAAUAAACGAUGAUGAAGGAAAUGAUUCGGAGAGUGGGUCGGAUUCCGAAGAAGACGAUGAGAGGAAAAUGUCGAAAGAAGAAAAGAAAGCGCAACGAACGAAGAACAAAGCGGAAUUGAUCAGAUUAAAGAAGGAGCAAGCGCAGAAAAUCAGUUUGGAACGGUUACUGACCGAUGAGGAUUUCAAGCAAAUCGAAAUGGCCAAUUUGAGGAAACAAGUCACGGCGAAGAAGGGCGUUAAAAGGAAAUUGGACGAAACUCCGGCGGGGGCGCCUUCGGAAAUAGUGAAGCUCAGCGACAUCGAGAAUAUUUACAAGAAGAGGAAGCACGACAAGCAAACGAGAAUGGAGAGUGUGAAAAAGGGACAGGAGGAUAGAGAGAAAUUCGGCUACAAAGACGGCAGGGUUAACGAGCAUUGUUCGAAGACUAACAGAGAGAAGAGGAAGACUAAAAACUUCCAGAUGAUCAGGCACAAAGUGCAGAGAAAGGUGAAGAGGAGCUUCAAAGAUAAGCAGAUAGCUUUAAGGAAUCAUUUGUUAAAAUUGAAGAAGAUGAAAUAG